AUGACAGCUGUUAUUAUCACUGAAAUUCAACCGUCACCGGGUUGUAAUGUAUACAAUCCAAUAGCAAGGCGUUACUACUCGUGUUUCUAUUAUCCAAUUUUGGUCAAUAUUCUUCCUGUGGCUAUCACUUUAACGUCGAGUUUAUUGGCGUAUUGGAACGUUCGUCUGCAACUACCAGUAUUUCGUCGACGUCUUGAUCGUCAAAUGGCAGCAAUCGCUUCGAUACGUGUGAUGAUGGUUCUUAUGAUAUUCGGCUUUCCAUAUAUUAUUAUUUCUCAAUAUUCAGUGGAUUUAAAUAUCAGUGCAAGCAAUAUUAUGGAAAUAGCCAUAGUUAGCCUAUUGUCAGCAGUAUUUACUACACUGAUGCACGCUAAUUUCGCGAUAAAAUUAAAAUAG